GGAGUCGCUCAGUCCAGAUCUGGAGAGACCAGCAGCUGGGUCAGCAGGAACCAGAAGGGAAACGAAGCGGACGGACCGUCAUUAUUUAUUUUAUUUAACUGUAUUUUUUUCAUUUUGGCUUGAUUUGAACGGAAUCUGUUCGCUUCAACACCGGAUAUUUAGCCUAACAAAGAAAAACAUCCUUCAGUUUUAGUUUCACUCUAAAGAUCUCCAGGUGUUUCUUUUUUCUGUCGAAAAAUUACCUGACAAACAACAAAGAGAAACCACAUAAAAGAGGAAACCUCCAAAAACUACCAGCUGACGGACUGACGACCUGUUGCGCAACCGAAGAAGAAGAAACAAAGACGUCACCUCCAGUCCUCCCAGUAGCGACCCCAGACUGAUCCCAGYGAUCCGAAACUUUGUUUACCGACCUCUGCUGCUCAGACAGACCCAGGCCGGUGCCCAUCAGCUCUACUGUGAUUUACUGGGUCCCUGUUUAACCUGAAGUCCGGACCAGUCCGUUAUACUGGAGUCACAGAUGAGCAUGGGCGUGGCCACAACCAGGAGUCAGCGGUGUCUGAAGAGGCUGUUGGCGGAGCCUCAAGAUAACUUACCGAAAUGUAAAAAAGCUCGUCUGGACCCACCUCCUCCCUCCAGUGGCUUUUCAGCUUACCUCAGGCCGACAAACCCCGCCCCCAGACCCAACCAGAGCCAGCCCCCRUCCAGAGUCGGACCAUACCUCCUCCACGAGAGCUCCGAGGUGGAGGAGACGUACAGAGCUGUGCACGCAAACACGCAGGAGCAGUACACCUGCCAGGUGCUCCCCCUGCGCGGUUACCAGGACCGUCUGGCCGCCUACAGCCGCAUCGGUAAACACGAAAACAUCUGCGGGCUGCAGGACGUGGUCGUCACCCAAGACAAAGUGUACGUCUUCCUGCCCGGUCAUCACGGCGACAUGCACGCGUACGUGCGCAGCAGGAAGCGCCUGGACGAAGAGGAGGCGGGGCGUCUGUUCGCUCAGAUGCUGAAUGCCGUGGCUCACUGUCAUGGCCACGGGGUCAUCCUGAGAGACCUGAAGCUACGGCGGUUCGUCUUCACAGACAAGUACAGGACUCAUCUUGCUCUGCUCGGCCUAAACGACAUCGUCCUCCUGCACGGUAACCCCGAUGACGACCUUCUGACGGACAGACACGGCUGCCCCGCCUACGUGGGCCCCGAGCUGCUGACCAACGGGAACCGGUCGUACUCUGGUCGGGCCGCGGACAUCUGGAGCCUGGGCGUGUCCCUGUACACCAUGCUGAUCGGACGAUACCCGUUCCAGGACACGCAGCCCGCCGCCCUGUUCGCCAAGAUACGCCGCGGCGUGUUCAGCCUGCCCGGCUGGCUGUCUUCGCCGGCCCGGUGCCUGAUCGGCUGCAUGCUGAGGAGGGAGCCCGCGGAAAGGCUCAAGGCGUCUGAGCUGCUGAUGCACCCAUGGCUGGCCGGCGCCCCCGCGCAGCACCACAACAUGAACAAGACGCAGCACGACCAAAGCUCGGCGCAGAACAGACGAGAGGACGGUGACCAAGUGGUUCCAACCUGGACAGAAAAACACUGACCUGUGAGAACCAGCACUGAUACACCGCCUGGCCAAAAGUCAGAUUUACCUUUGAUCAUGGCAACAA